GCCACACUCGCCCCCCGCCCCCCCGCGCUCACUCGCACUCAACACCCGGGCGCAGGAGGCGGGCGGCCCGGGCCCUACCGGCCCCCGAUGGACGCCCCCCGCACGGGGCGCUGAGACCCCGCGUCGCUGCCCAGCCCGGUCCAGCGCGCCACGCCGAGGGACCUCGACAGGACAAGACUCCGAAGCUACUCCCCCAGCCCAGGACUCCCCCACGGACCCAGCUUUCCCCCCAACACUACCACCUGCCACUCCCUGGCCUAUCUCACCGCCCACCCCCCUCGGGGCUCAGGGCAUGGUGUGAAAGGCCAAGUGCUGAGGCUGGCACCAUGGGUGCUGUGCCCUAGCCUGGGUGGCAGGGGGUGGGCAAUCUCUGGGCGUGCCAGGGGGGGCCACUGUGCCCACCCAGUCUCUUGGCGUGCUGGAGGGCAUCCUGGAUGGAAUUAAAGUGAAUGGAACAGAAGCCAAGCAAGGUGGAGUGUGGGUCAGACCCAGAGGAGAACAGUGCCAGGUCACCAGAUGGAAAGCGAAAAAGAAAGAACGGCCAAUGUUCCCUGAAAACCAGCAUGUCAGGGUAUAUCCCUAGUUACCUGGACAAAGACGAGCAGUGUGUCGUGUGUGGGGACAAGGCAACCGGUUAUCACUACCGCUGCAUCACUUGUGAGGGCUGCAAGGUAUGGACCAGCCAGCUCCUGCCCCUCCCCCACUGCCUGAGCCCCCACCUCACGCUUUUUAAGGCUCUCAGCACCCAGCGCAACAGAUGGCUCUAUAAACGUGUAACCUAAAACUCA